AUGUUCGGCAACUGGCAACAAAUGGGCAUGGGGGGUGUUCCCCCACCUUUCUUUGCCCAGCCCAAUAUGAUGUAUCCGAUGUACCCGGGAUCUCAGGAGGCAGCGGUCGCAGCCGCUGCGGCUGCAUCAGCCAGUGGGCCACCUCCUCAUCCUCAUCAAUGGGGACCUGGAGGACAAUUGGCUCCUAUGGUCUUUCCCACCAUAAACCAUCCUCCUAUAGUGCCCUCCGCUAGUAAUACUGUUCUUGAGCAUGGUUCUUCAAGCGUUGGAGAGGUUGAUUCUUCAACGGUCAGCGGCGGUACGACUCCAGCCCCUCCAUUACCUUCAAAUCCAGCACCUCCGGCUCCUCCAACGGAAGAAAAACCUCCUUUACCUCCGGAUCCUCCACCACCUGAUGAAGACUCCAAGCAAGAGCUAACUGCUAAGAAUCCUGAAGAAGAGCAACGGAUGGAACAGUUGAAGCAACAGGCUGCUCAAUGGCAACAACACAAAAAGCAGUUAGAUGAUGCUCAACAGCAAUACCAGUAUCAGUUGCAGCAGCAACAACAACAGUUUCAUCAAAUGUGGAUGGCUACCCAGUACCCACCACCUCCAACUGAUCACUUGAUGACAGCACCACCUCCACUUCCUCCUAACACUGCAUCUGUACCCCCACUACCUCAGCAUGCAGAUCUUGCCUCCAUGCCACCCAUAGGAGGAGCAAUAGGCUCCCAGGUAGCAGCUCUUCCACCUGGAACAUCAUCAUCUUCAUUAUCUUCCUUAAGUACAACACAUCCUGUGCCAAUGGUUACAGCUGAAGAACCUACAAAAUCUGUAGAGAAAAUGAAAUCUCCAGAUAAAACUGACACAUCUGCCAUCAAUAAGUCAAAGAUGGGUUUUACUAAUAAAGAUCCCCCAAAACAAUCAAACUUUGAUAAGAAAAUGGAAAUAACACAAAAAGAAGAACUGAAGAAAGUGGAAAAGGAAGAAGAAGAAUUCAACCGACAGUAUAUACAGUGGAAAAAACAAUAUGAUGAGUGGCGUGACCAGAACAGAGGUGAAAUAAUUUUAUUGUUUAACUGCUACAAGAAUGUUUGUGAAGAAUUAUAG